CCCAGCGGAACAGACUUCCGGAGGACGGACCCAACUACAUCCAUGAAAGAACUCAUGCUAACCGGCUGAUAGGUCGUACUACAUGGCGUGUGGAGAAGAGACGCUACACACAACAACAUAGUGUUCUAGUUAUGAAAUGUUAAGUUUUUACAUAGUUUUUUAAAUAAUAAUUAACUCAGCCAUGUCCGGAGCGUUAGCAAGGCUGCUGUUCUACCCUACGUUAGCUUAUAAUGUUGCCAUGGAGAAGGUCUCAUCGAGGCGGUGGUUUGACCGAGUGGACGAGACGGUGAUCCUCGGAGCUCUGCCGUUCAGAUCCAUGACCAAACAGCUGGUAGAAACAGAAAAUGUACGAGGGGUCAUCACUAUGAAUGAGAAGUAUGAGACCAAAUAUUUCUGCAACUCAGCUGAGGAGUGGCAGGCUGCAGGGGUGGAGCAGCUGAGGCUGAGCACCGUUGACCUCACUGGCGUGCCCAGCCUGGAGAACUUGCACCGAGGGGUGGAGUUUGCCCUGCAGCACCGAGAACAGGGAACUAGCGUGUACGUCCACUGCAAGGCUGGACGCUCCCGCAGCGCCACACUGGCUGCUGCGUACCUCAUCCGGUUACACUGUUGGACUCCAGAGGAGGCCUGUGAGAAACUGGCGUCUGUUCGACCCCACAUCUUGGUGCGUGCUGCUCAGCUGGAGAUGCUGAAGACGUACUAUCAGCAGGUGUGUGGACAGUCCAGCUGAGAGUGCAGGGUGGCGAGUUGGACCUCAUUUUGUUCCCAGCAUCUGGAAGCCUGGACUUGGAGCCUUGUUUAAAGACACAAAAACAUGAAAUGCAGCUUUUGCCAUAUCUUUCAGUCCUUCAAAUCAUCAUGCACAAUCACGGAAGAGUAAAUGCCAAAUGCCCCCCCUCCCCUCAAUUUGUUUUUUAAAAUCUGAUUUCAAGAAUUUUAUAAGUUUACAAGUUGCAGAUUUUAGUGGUUAAUUCAUGACAAAUAGGUAAACAGAAAUUAGUUUCUACAGUCAUGGAUUUUGUCUUUUUGAACUCUGAUGUCACAGAAUCUGCAACUUCAAAGUGACAGUGUCAACAUGGUACAGUAGUUAAAGCCAUCUCUUCUAUAAAUCCCUGACUUUCUGAUUUUACCUUGAGCUGAAACAUAUUAAUUUAAUAUCUGAAAUAUGUGAAGCUCUGAAUUAUGUUAAAAGAAAGCACUUGGAAACAAAAAAUUCUUUCAAAUUCCACAGGAAAAACAGCAAUGCAAUACCUUUUGCUUCUGACUUUCAUUGACAAACACUCCAUUUAGUUGAAGUGCCGUGUGCUUGUUACAUUUGGACUGCAGUAGCACAACAAGACAGGGACGUCUUACUGCAUAAUUCAGCAAUGAAGUGGUUGCUGGAUAUACUAGAGAAUGUUUUAUUUCAUUUAUUUUCCUCUGGUGCCUCAUAACUUGUUAAAUAAAAUAUUUGUGAGAUGAAAACAUCA